AUGGCGGACGACAAGGUGAACGAAGCACAAGGAAAAUCCAAUUUUUCGGACAAAGACGAGGAAAGGUUGCUCGCUGAAGAGGGCGAACAAACACAAGAUUAUGUCACCACCGGUGACACAAAUAAUGAUUCCACUAGGAUGUGGGAGGCCAUCAAGGGCCUUGGAAAGAAACUCGAUCUUUUGGCGGGAACGCCAAAUACACGCAUCACCGAUGCUCCACUAAAGCGGAAAAUACCGCACACAGUGACUAAAGAGUCAAAAAAUGACGCAGAAACCCCACCGGGGCUAUCUCGUCAAAAGAAGCGAAAAUCUUCAUCAGUUUGCGACGAUGCAUCUGACGAUUCUGAUCGAGACGUCACAGCCUUGCUCGACAAGGAGGACGAACAAGAUGGCGACGAGAGCGAUAAACUCUUGCAAGAGCUUGAAGAAGAAUACAACAGCGAGGACAAAACAGGUCCGGUAUCCCAGGAUUUUCGCCCCCCCUACAUUUUCGCCCCCCGGGGGGCGAAAUUUCUAGGGAUAUCGCCCCCCAGGGGAUAUCGCCCCCCCUAGCAAACCUAGUCAACAAAAGGUUUGUUGGGAAGCUCAAAGAAGCAAAGCUCAAAGAGUAAUGCGAGCUGUAUAUCCGACCCGGAAAUUGUGAUAAACUCAAAGUUCCUCUCGUGAACCCCGAACUGUGGGGGAAACUUGGACCACCGGUCAAAACACAGGACUUGAGAAUCGCAAAUGUCCAGCAGACCAUAGUGAAAGCAACUGUUGCACUCACCGAGGCAACAGAAAGAAUUACAAAAGUCAAGGGGAACAUCGACGGGAAACAGCAAAUUAUAACCUCUUUGACUGACUCACUUGCUCUGCUGGGACACGCAACUUAUGACCUAUCGUUGCGACGGCGAGACAUCAUGAGGCCGUCAAUAAAUCGAGAGCUUCGUGCUCUUUGCAGUCCACAAAUCCCUGUUACAGAGUUCCUGUUUGGGGAUGAUGUACAAAAUAGUUUAAAAACUAUUAUAGAGUGCAACAAGAUUGCCAGUUCAACUGUAAAGCAAGGGUCGGAUUACAAACACAAACCGACCUACUCUAGAGGUGGAAAUUACAAGCCUCAAGCCAGUCAAGGUUAUGGGCAUGGAAGCAAGCCUUUUUUAGGCCAGCGCAAAGGCUACCAGCCAUUCAAAAAGAAAGUGUGGACACCACACCACAAAAGGGAGGACAUGAAGUGA